UUUUUCUCUAUAUAAUAAGUACUUCAUAGCAAUGAAAAAUCCGAGAGAAGCAAGAGUUGAAUAAAUACAAAAGAAGAAACAGCCAAACCAAAGAGAAUUUAUCGUUCAAGGAAAAGGGAUGGAACACUCCAUUGAAAUAGAUGAUCAAAUUCCACUGCUUUCUCAAACUUAUCAAGAUGAGAUAGAAGGAGGGAGGAAAGUGGAUCCUUUAUUUGAGAAUUUAUUCAAUUCGCGUGUUAAACCAAUUAGCAUAUUCAAAGUAAAUGUGGGGCUACGUGAAUCAAAUCCAGAUGCUUAUACACCAAAGAUGGUCUCUAUUGGUCCUUACCAUAAUGGAAAACCUCAAUUUCGUCCAAUGCAAAAGAACAAACUAUUGUACCUACGACGGUUUCUUAGACGAAAGGAGAGGCUUGAUGUGGAUAGUUGCAUCAAUGAGUUGGAGGAGGAAGCAAGGAAUUGUUACGAUGAUAUAGAAGACCUCAAAAUUGGAAGCCGCGAAUUUUGCGAGAUGUUAUUACUUGAUGGUUGUUUUGUGGUUGAGUUUAUUCGAGAGCGUUUUGAGAUAGGCCCAAGACAAGAAGACGAAAUCAUCAAAAGUGACAUUGGUUGCAUAUAUAAUCAAAUACUCCGAGAUUUGAUGUUACUAGAAAACCAACUUCCUUUCUUUGUCCUCGACAAGCUUCAUGAGAUGACAAAGCAAGAUGAUGAACUCCCAUUGGCAAUACAAGCUGUGAUCUCAUUUACUUUUUUUGUUGACUUAGAAAAAUUGAUCGAUCAACAUAAGUAUGAACCCUUAAUAAAUAUAGCAUCUAACGCACGUGAUAUCAAACAUUUACUUCAUGCAGUACACAUACUUUCAUGUCAUGGGAACCCCACGAAAACAUCAAAAGACGACACAACGUGGACUAAGGCCAUGCCAAAUGCAACUGAGCUUUCUGAAGCUGGAGUUAGGUUUUCAAAUCAUACAAAUAGUAAUACAAAUUUGUUUGAUAUUAAGUUUGAGGAUGGAUUGAUGACAAUCCCUUGUUUUAAAGUCGCAGAUGAAACAGAAUCCUUCCUGCGAAAUCUCAUUGCUUACGAACAACAAUCAUCUGAAGUACAACCUAAAUAUUUCAGUGACUUUGCACUUUUCAUGGAUCACCUUAUCGACUCAGACAAAGAUGUCAAUUUACUUCGCAAGAAAGGAAUCAUAGAACACCUGAUGGGAGAGGACAAAGAAGUGGCUAGCCUCUUCAACAAACUCGGAAACGGGGUUACUGUUUAUCCCAACUUCUAUUUCAAACAAGUAUUCACAAAUGUAGUUAAACAUUGUGAUGAAAAUCGAUGGAGCAGAAGGUGGGCAAGUUUAAAGCACAAUUAUUUUAGUAGUCCUUGGGUAGGAGCUUCUACUCUGACAGUCAUUAUACUCCUCAUACUCACAACUAUACAGACUGUCCUUGCUAUAGUAAGUAUAACUAAGUAAGUAGUAAUUCUAGUGUGUGUACUCCAUUCAUGUAAUUUUCUUAUGAGUUUUUCAUUACUUGUUAGAUGUGUCUAUUUGUUUUUCUUAA